CUCCGACACAGUAGUUGUUUAAUAGAACAGCUUUAAGUAAGCUCCUCUUGUUUUUAAGAAAAAAAGUCUGACCGAUGGAUAAAAUAUUACAAAUAGCGAAAUAGUGUGCCUUUCAAUUGUUUCUUAAAUCAACGAAAAGUUAGAAUACUAAACAGUAUUAAUGAAAAGAAAUGUGCGCGUGUGUCUAAAGUAUGUAAAAACGUAAUAUUAAAGCGGCGGAAGGUUGCUGGCAAAAACCGAAUAUACGCCGUGAAUCAAAUCAACUUUACGUUCCAGACACUCCUACACACAGAUAAAAUACAAAUACACUGAUAGAAAUUCCGAAAUACAAGUUGUUAUAUUAUCAAUUGACACAAUUCCAAAGAUCCUUGACGACGCCUCGCUUACUGUGCUGAACGAUUUCGAUUAAGCUUUGUGAUAGUUUUAUUUUAUUUGUUUAUGUACAAUAUAUUAAUAGUAUUUUAAGAGAAACCAAACCAACUUGUAAACCAAAUAGAAAGUGAAGCUAUACAAACUGUAAAUGCAUUCCACAAGAACAUCGAUAACAACAGCAGCUACUUCUACAUCAACGACAGCUUCUAUGGUGAUGACACCAAGAAUGUUUGAUAAGUACAGAAUGGGAGUUAUGCUGCUAUUAUUGCUGAUAAGCUUUCUGGGCUGUCCAGCAAUUAUUGAGGCCUGCUCCAGUCGCACUGUGCCCAAGCCGCGUCCAUCGAUCUCAUCAUCCAUGUCCGGCACGGCGUUGCCUCCCACACAGGCUUCGCCCACAAUGGUCUCCACACCUAGAACAACCACAACGACAACUACAACAACGCCCAGACCAAACAUCACAUUCUCUACAUACAAGUGCCCAGAUAACUUUGAUGCCUGGUACUGUCUGAACGAUGCUCACUGCUUUGCCGUCAAGAUUGCCGAGCAACCCGUCUACAGCUGUGAGUGCGCCAUUGGUUUCAUGGGUCAACGAUGCGAAUACAAGGAAAUUGAUGGAUCCUAUCUGCCGGAGCGACCGCGUCCUAUGCUUGAAAAGGCCAGCAUUGCCAGUGGUGCAAUGUGCGCACUCGUUUUUAUGCUCUUUGUGUGUCUCGCUUUUUAUUUGCGCUUCGAGCAACGUGCUGCGAAGAAGGCAUAUGAAUUGGAGCGCGAGCUUCAGCAGGACGAUGAUGAAAGCAGUGAUCAGGAAAUGUGUGCUUGCUGCCGUGAUCACUGCUGUGGUGACGGUGAUGAGCCUCUUGUUACCAAGCGCCAGCUCCCUUAUCACUUGCGGCUGGAGCAUGCCCUGAUGUCUUUUGCCAUUAGGCGUAGCCAGAAGCUUUAAAUUCCAAUAUGUGUUUGUAUAGACUUCGAGAUCGACGAAUGCAAUUUGUAUAGAAUUGAAUGAUUCACCUUGCCUAUUAUGUGUGAAAGUCUAAAAAGCGUUUUACGAAUUUCUAUGUGCUUUAGUCGUAGGUUAAUAGUACUACACCAUUUAACGCUUACGUCUCAUAAGUUAUAUCUUCUCGGAUUCCAAUGCAUCCGGUAUUAUUGCCUUGUACGCAGCCUGAAACCAUAUAAGCUCGAUACAUCUUUAACUCCAAACUCAAACAUCUAAAUUGAUUGAGUGCUCUCUGUUAUGGAUCGAAUACGUAUUGUUUAUACCUUAUGCUAUAGCUAUAUUUAUUUUACUCUUAACUGAUAUACGUACCCAAAUCGAAACACAUCCACAACGAACAAACAUAAAAAAACACGCCAAGUAUUAUUUAUCGCACUAGAUAUGUACGAAAUGUAUUGAAUUUUUUUUAAAUAUACUGCACUUGCAAAC